AUGGAAGAUUCUGAUGAUCUUGACGCACGUGUCUUCCUCGGCAUGAACCCCAAUGAUCCUUUUGAUUUAUUUGAUGAAAGUGGUGCCAUUGACGAAAAUGGGCGCCGCCGAAGACAAACUCCCAGAGGACGAGAAGAGAAGCGAGACCCCAGUACCUCCUACUUUGGGAAAAUCCUGAAGAAAGCAGAUCUCAACGCUCAAACGAAAGGCUCUGUUUGGGAUGAAGAAAACAGGCAUGGCAAAACAUUCCGCCGAAGAUAUCGUCUCCCGUACGUACUUUUCGACAAGAUCUGUCAGGAAUACGACAAAGUUGACACACGAAGGGAGGUAGAUGCAUUCAAUCGUCCCAAAAGCGACUCAAGAAUGCUAAUCAUGGGAGUUCUGCGGUACCUUGGGCAAGUCAUACCGUUUGACUCCCUAGAGGAACUCUCAGACAUUAGUGGACAGAAGCAUCAGAACUAUUUUCAUGAGUUCAUCACUUGGUUUAGUGAUCCCAGCAAAUGUCCACUCGCCAAAGAAUAUUUGAAGAUGCCUGAAUCUGACGAGGAGAUCGCACAUGUUACUGGGAACUACAAGAGGAAGGGCGUCCCUGGCACUGGAGGAAGUGUUGACUGUUUUCACGUUUCUUGGGACAUGUGCCCGGCUGGUAUCCGAACCGACUGUAAAGGAAAGGAGAAGUACAACACUGUGGUUUUUCAAGUUAUCUCUUCUCAUACCAAGAAAUUCCUUGGUGUUUCCGGCCCAUACUUUGGAACAUGGAAUGACAAAACAAUAGCCCGGCUUGACGAGAAUUUAAGAGCUCUCAUGCCUGGUGGUCACCUAUCUACCCAGAAAUGGUGCUGGGUGGAUAGUGACGGCAAUGAGCAUGAGGAAGAGGGUCUUCAUCUUAUUUGUGACGGUGGCUACCACCAAUGGAAGAUUCUCAUGUGUCCAUUCAAGUGUCAGCAGGAUGGCACGGCAGUAAUGAUAUGGAGCAAAUGGAUCGAGUCGCUUCGAAAAGAUGUUGAAUGCGUCUUUGGAAUUCUCAAGAAGCGGUUUAUGGUACUCAAGUACGCCAAUCGACUUCGAGACAUUGAAACCAUUGGAAAGGUGUUCCGAACAUGUUGCAUCCUUCACAAUAUGCUCCUCGAAUUUGAUGGGUAUGAUGACUGGGAAGAGGAGUUUGAUGAAGAAUUGGUGGAUGUCGAGACUUUGAAUGAUGGUCAAUACACAAAAAAGGCACCCUCCUACAUGCGAGAGGCCGGACGAGAUACUACUCUUAAAGAUGGGGAGAUUGGAGAUCGUCAGACGAACGACGAAUGGUGUCAGGAUUUCUCAGAAGCGGACUUUCAUCAUCGCAGAGAGGCAUUGACAGAACAUUACAUGGCAUUGAAGCAAUCAUAG